GGUGACGCAGUGGUGGCCAUCUUGUUCUUGUGUGUGCGAGGUGUUUGUCUGUGGAGUUUGGGCACCCGCCGGUGUUCCGGCUUGUGUUUCUUAAUUCUUGCAAUUAGAUUGAGGGAAGCCGCACGUGUUUAAUUUUCAGACCUUCAUAACUCCUAGGGUGUGCUGGAUUCGCUACCUUAACUUCCCCCUUAGCCUCCACCUUCCCGCAAGUCACAGCACUCCCCGGUCCGGACUAUGGGUGGGUCGGGGUGGAGCAGGGUGUGCGGCCCGCUAAGCGGUGCAGCCAGGAUGCAGCGGGGUCCGUUGGGGGCCCUGGUCUUCUCUUGACAUGGAUCCCCCCGGAGCUCUCGCCCUAACUAGCCUUCCCCUGCAGAGACAUCCGCCCCACAACCCGCACGCAGCCUACCGCACAGACAUGACAGGCAGCCGUUGCGCUUAGGACAUCAGUGACACCCUUAUUCGUGACUUUUCUAGUCCAGUCUUCUAAUUCCCACUGUAGAUAUCGUACUACCGCAUUUAAGUUAUAUGGUGUCGCCUUCUAUCGCGACAUGACAAAACCAAUUCCUCACCGCUGAUCCCACAAAGGGAAGUCAGAAAAAAUUGCAAUUGACAGGGAUAGUGCCAUUUAGUGCAACUCCUUUAGUACACCCCUUCCCCUACUGCCUUUAUCCCUGUCAUAAUGGUUUUCCUCCCCGGUGGGUGUCAGCAGCGGUCAAACAUGGGCCUACUCAUACGCUCUGUGGUCCCAGAUAAUGUGGGACAACUUGACUUUUGCUUGGGACAACUUGACUUUUGCUGUGUACAACUUUUUUCCUACAACAAACAUAAAUAAUAUCUCCAUACAGAAGUUGAAAAAGGGGGUCUUAUCUAAGGAAAAGUAACAUUCUUUAACUAUAUAAUGUAGAAUUGGGGCUGAUUUAUUGGUUUUAUUUUUUUCCCUUUGUUAGCUGAGAGAUGACUUGGCUUUGCAGGAUGGCUUUUGUUUUUAUGGUACAGGUUAAUUGUAGGAACGUCAUUUUAACAUCUUAUCCUUGACGUUUUGAUGGCUUUUGUUCUAAAGUUUUUCUCUUUUUGUUUAAAAAAAUGCCUCCCUUAUUUCCAUCAGAAAAUAACACCUUGUCUGUAAUGGUACUGCAGCCCUUUCUGUUGUUUCUUGACCCCAUUAGUAUCAAAGGAUUAUCACGUGUUGCCGAAAGAACCCUGUCAGUUAUAUUUACUUAAUACGUCACAUAAAAAAGGGUAACAUGGCUGGUUUGUGUUGAACUGGUGUCCUAAAUAUACACACAAAUUAGUAACAGGCAUCAUAGGCAUUAGUAUCAGCUCUGUUGCAAAAUGGGGGACCCAAAUUCUCGCAAGAAACAGGCUCUGAACAGACUGCGCUCUCAGCUAAGAAAGAAGAAAGAGUCUCUAGCUGACCAGUUUGACUUCAAGAUAUAUAUUGCCUUUGUUUUCAAAGACAAGAAGAAAAAGUCGGCUCUGUUUGAAGUGGCUGAUGUGAUACCGGUUAUGACCAAUAAUUAUGAAGAAAAUAUUCUGAAAGGCGUGCAGGAUUCCAGCUAUUCCUUGGAAAGUUCCCUUGAGCUUCUGCAGAAGGAUGUUGUACAGCUUCAUGCACCACGCUAUCAGUCCAUGCGCAGGGAUGUAAUUGGAUGCACUCAGGAGAUGGACUUUUUUCUUUGGCCUCGAAAUGACAUUGAAAAAAUUGUCUGUCUUCUCUUUUCAAGAUGGAAGGGAUCUGAGGAGCCCUUUAGGCCUGUUCAGGCCAAAUUUGAAUUUCAUCAUGGAGAUUAUGAAAAACAUCUUCUGCACUUACUGAGCCGAAAGGACAAGACUGGAAUUGUUAUAAACAAUCCUAGCCAGUCGGUUUUCCUCUUUAUUGAUAGACAGCACUUUCAGACUCCUAAAAGCAAAGCCACAAUAUUCAAGUUAUGCAGCAUCUGCUUGUACUUGCCACAAGAACAGCUCACCCACUGGGUGGUUGGCACAGUUGAGGAUCACCUCCGCCCUUACAUGCCAGAAUAAGGAUGACCAGCCAACUGGGAAGAUUGGACAUUAGCAGCAAUUUUUUAUUUUUUUUUUUCUCCGAAUUCCAGAAGAAUAUGGACUCAUGCUCAGAACACUUGUAUGUUGUGAACCUUCAUGCUGGAUUUUUUUUUUUCCUCAUUUUGUAUCAGAACUUUUUUUUUUUUUUGUUUUGCUUGGACCUUUGUAUGAAGAGGAAGUUCUACAACUUCUCUGCUUUAGCCUUUUAAUGUGAAAUGAAGGGACUGUGACACACUAAAUCAAAUGUAUCAGAGAGCACAAGGUAUUUUGUUUGGUGGUCUUCCCAUUUGCACUGGUCAUGUCACGUAACAUUUAGUGUUAGAUAACAGUAUUGAGGGUGGAAUAUGAAUGCCACAGGUGAGAGAAGCUCAGCUGCUAUUCUGUAAUAUGAAACCAUGAUUUACUGAUGUAGAAUGAAAGCCCAUUUGGGACCUAUAUAUGAAAGAUCCUGUCCAGCAUUUGCUUUUUUUAUGUCUUAGUUUGCUUUUUAAGCUCAAAGUUGCACUUUUUAAUUUCAAUCUAUUCUCCCAGUUGCUGCAUAACUCGAUAUAUUCCCCACAGAGGGUGCACAGAUGCAAAUAUAGCAUAGGAGUCUGCAGUAGCUACAUUGUCUUUAAAUACUAGUUAUUGCAGAAACCACAUAGUUUUCUGGAGAGAGGAAUUGCGACACAAACCUGCUAGUGCAGAUAUUACUUUUUUCUAAAUGAAAGUAAUUCUGUAAAAUCAUUGUGGGUUCUGGAAAAUAAGUUAUAAAGUUGUAAACUAAAAAAGGUUGAUGUAAAAAGUUGGUUCAGAAAGGAAUAUUUUUUAAUUUUGUGCAAUGAAAAUAAGGUUGACUACUGUUUUGAGAGAAGGCUUUACUUAAAGGUCUCUACACCUUUUUUGAUUAUACUUGUGUAAGUCUACUCCCUUUGGCUAAAACUAGUGCUUAUCUGGUUUAAAUUUGUAUCUAGCUUUUGUUUUGAAAUUGGAUUACAUUGAAAAUUUAAAUAAAUGAGGUAAAAAUGAUCUUAUUUGUUAACUUUUAUUUCCCCCCAGUUUUCUAAUGUUUUUACAUGCGCUUUAAAGAUUUACAUUGAAAACAAUAUUGAUCACAGGUGGUAUUUUAAUAGCUGCAGUAUUUAGGGAGCAAUUUAGGGAGCAGACCUUUAAAAUGCUAGGCUGUUUUACAAAUAAGUUUUCUAAGUCUAGUAUUAAAUAUUUUACUGUAAAUACACCAAUGUUGCUGUAUGUUACCAUACCUUUCCAUCUUGGGAAUUAGUGGCAUCAAAUAACAUAGUUCAAAGACUAAAGAAUGAACACCUUAAUAUCAUACAAUGCAUUUGGACCAGUGAAUCUCAAAGUUUAUGCUUUGUGGCAGUAUCUUAUAUUUCGCUUGCAAGGGAUAUCACUUUUGUAAUGUUUGAUACCACAAGGAAUCCACUAUUGUAAUAAAAUUAUAUUUCUCUGA